UCAGGCGUACAACUGUUCACAUCGUUGUGCACACGGCACCUACCUGGCAGAGAAACCCGCUUUUUGAGCGAAAGGGGGGAGCGAGCAUCGGACGAGGUCGACACUAGCUGCUGAACCGGGAGGGGGGAGUAGUUUUUUCGCGGGCCAAGCGAGGAUACAUUACGAUAAUGGCAGAGGUCACCAAGCCUGCUGCUGAUGAUGCAGCUGCAGCACGUGGAGCAGCGUCGUCACCACCGCCGCCGGCCAUGCGCCGAAACGACAUCUCCAUGACGGACAUGUCCGACUUCGAUACGGGGGAUAACCUCUACCACGUCCGCAAGUCGCGCCUGAUUCGCCUCAUCAACUGGUGGCAGGUGGCGUCCACGUACUUGCCCCACUUGCUCCUGCUCGCCCUGGGAGUUCUGGUGGCCCAAAUGUGCGGAGAGGCGUGGAACAACCAAGACGCGCUGAGGGAAGCGAUGCAGUCCACGCUGCAGACCACUUCGAGGGACCUGUUUUUCGACCUGGGCUGGAAGAGCACGGCGCUGUUUGUGGUGUUCGUGUGGUGGAUGUCUCGCGGGAGCGCACCGCUGUACAUGGUGGACUUUUCAACCUUCGAGCCCCCGGAGGAAUGGAAGGUUACCCAUGACCAGCUGGCUGAGAUCAUGAGGCGGCAGGGAUGUUUCACCCCUGAGUCGGUCUCCUUCAUGGAAAAGAUCCUCUCCAAGUCUGGUACCGGGCAGGCGACGGCGUGGCCCCCUGGCAUCAUCAAGUGCCUCGAGAACCCUGACACUCCGGCUGACAGGUCGGUGGAGGCAGCGCGUACUGAGGCGGAGAUCGUCAUCUUCGACGUGGUCGGGAGCGUGCUGGAGAAGGUCGGACUGACGGGAAAGGACAUCGACUUCCUCAUCAUCAACUGCAGGCAUGAGUGCCUCUUCUCCCCUACGCCUUCCCUCUGCUCCAUGGUGAGCCACAAGUUCGGUAUGCGCUCCGAUGCGAGGACGUUCAACCUGAGCGGGAUGGGUUGCAGCGCCGGGGUGAUCUCACUCGACCUUGCCAAGGAUCUGCUGAAGGCGAGGCCUAACUCGGUGGCCCUCGUGGUCAGCACGGAAAACUUGACGCAGAACCUCUACCAUGGAAACGAGCGUUCCAUGCUUCUCCAGAACACCUUGUUCCGCGUGGGCGGAGCCGCGAUCCUCCUGUCCAACAAGUGGCAAGACGCCAGCCGCUCCAAGUUCAAGCUGCUCUACACCGUGCGGACACAGGGAGCGGGCAGAGACGCGUUCGAGGCGGUGUACGAGUCUGAGGACAACUUGGGGAACCAUGGCGUUCGUCUAUCGAAGGAGAUCGUUAAGGUGGCCGGUCGUGCGAUGGAGAAGAACUUCACCUCCCUGGGGCCGUACGUGCUGCCCAUCUCGGAGCAGUACAAGGUGGUGAAAGCUCUCGCCCUCCGCAAGGUGACGAAGGCGCUCAGAGAGAUGCUGGAGAAGCGCAAGAGCUCGCUGGCCAAGAAGGUGCCGAUCAUCGCCUACUACCAGCCGGACUUCAAGCGCGGCAUUGAUCACUUCUGCAUCCACGCGGGGGGACGGGGCGUGAUUGACGGCAUCGAGAAGAACUUGGCUCUGCAGGAGCACCACACGGAGCCCUCGAGGGCCACGCUCAGGGAUUACGGCAACACUUCGUCCUCUUCCAUCUGGUAUGAGAUGAAGUACAUCGAGGAGCACUCGGACCUCAGGCGGGGCCAGCGCAUCCUGCAGGUGGCUUUCGGGAGUGGCUUCAAGUGCAAUUCUGCUGUGUGGAUCUGCCUCAAUCCUCCGGACCGCAAGUAGAGGGCGUAGGUCAGCUGCAUCAGAAACCCGUCCGCGGGACCCACAUUCCACCUUUUUUUUGUUGCGUUAGCGCGCACGACUCCGCCCCCCCGGCGCCCGGUGAGGUUAGGGUUUCAGGAGGCUUUUUUGUUCCCGUGGGAUGGGGGUGGCUUUAGGGCUUAUUCGUGCCGACCAUAAUAGAGGAACGUGCUCGGUAUUUCAGUGCGUGUAGCACGGCGCGCUUGUUGCUCUGUCAGUCCACGUGUGAGUUAUUGGCAUGAGUUAUGAGAAGAGGGUUGGGUUUACAUUACCUAGGCAUGCACCAUCAGGAUUAGGCCGGAGUGUCCCGGAUCGGCAUGGACCGCUAAAACGCUACUUGCGGGGCGCGGGGGGUCGUGCUUGUCACGUUGCGGGGGAGGGGGUCGAGCGGAAGAGGGAGCGAGCAACACAGACUCUACAGAUAAUUUGUGUUGAUUUCCCAGCUAGGUGUGGGGUCCGCUGUCUGCAUAUAGCUCCUCGUGUUAAUUACCUAAAUAGCAGGACAAGAUACCACGUCUUUGCGUCUCACCAUCGCCGUCCGCUACUACCAGCCAAUGGUGCAAUGACGGCGGGUUGAGGGGUGGGGGGGUGGCAGCGCGCCAGGGGUGAGAUGGUUGCUGCUGCUGUCUAAGCCUUCCCUUUUUUUCUUUUGUAUUUGUCUUGUUCCACUUGCUGGUUUUAAACCCGCCGCUGCCUGUCGGUUGAAGUCGAUGGGCUUGGCGGGACAUAGAUGAUAGUUUAGUAUAUUUUCACGUUCGUACAGCAGGAGCCGGUCCUGACGGCCCUCAAAUAGAUGUCUACUCCUGCUCGGAAGUGCACUGUGUGCUGCCAAUCCGAAAUCUAUCGGUAACUGCAGGAGACCACAUUGCUUCGACAACCGCGAGCACAGGGGUAAUAGCCCAGGAUAAGUGUACGUGUGGUCGGUGGGUUGUUGCCGGAUAGGGUUGUGAAAGCUCUUCCCGUCACGUCACGUCUUGGAGAGGCCGAGGUCUGACAUAUAUUGUACGCAAGUGUUGAAUUGUGAAGCGCUGAUGGACACAGAUACAGGUGUUUUUGUUUAGAAGCAGAGAGUUCGGCGUUUUGCUGAUGCCUCGUUGCGUCUGGAGUUUAUUCCAAGCGGGCGAACGAAUUUUUCGCGAAGGUUGUGUGGAUGAAAGUGCUAGGGCUGCGGGUGUAGAUCGAGCCAACCACAGGCAGAAUUGUUGAGGCAAUGUUACCGUGAGCUUUUGGCGCCCUUGUUUUACCUGUCGUCUGUUUUUCCUGCCGCCCGUGCAAUCCCGAGAAAGCUCGCCGCCUUCGAUUCAUGCCGCGGAGGCGGUUACCAGUGCAGUGCCUGCCGGUAUUGAUUGCUGUCUUUGGCGUUUGUAUGUGUAUACGCCAGUAUUGACAAGAGCACCUUCAAUUCAGUGCAUUGCCUGCCGGCAAUUUCCGGUUGUGUUGGCGUGUCGAGCACUCGAUCUCUUGUCGACUGCGCAUAGUCCAGGCGUUUUCUUAGUUCGCGGAGCUUUUGGUGCAGUUGAUUUGAGCAGAUGGCCGGCAGGAACGACAUUCAAUGCUUUUCGAUCGGGCUCGGCUCUCGGCUCUUCACGGCAACUUGCAGUAGUGCUGAAUGCCACCCAGUCACCCCGCUUCACGAGUUCCAUGGACGAUCGGGUGCAUCAUCGGGUAAUCCCCCCAGAGGUCCUAAUAAUAAGUCCUGCAUGGUGGCGGGACCCUGUGUUUCAUAUUCAGUCAUGCGUCACCAGUAGGUGCAGCAGUCCGGAAGGGACAAGCAAGUUAAGGCCAUCCUGGGCUUCGCCGAGUGCUAGUUCAAUC